UGCCAAAUGGUUCAGACGGGUGUCAUGUCUUUAUGUUGGGUUGAGUUGGACGUUGCGUAGCCUCUCGACGAAAUGGAUAACCUAAUGGAUUUAGACGUUUAAAUGUAGUUAAAGGGAGGCGCAGAAGCUUAAUUACAGCCCCUCCAUCAAGGUAUUCCCUGCUCGUAUGAUGGAAAGGGCGAUGGAGCAGUUAAACGUACAGCUGAACCGACUGACGCGCUCUUUACGCCGCGCCAGGACAGUGGAGCUCCCCGAGGACAACGAGACUGCUGUCUACACGCUAAUGCCUAUGGUGAUGGCAGAUCAACACAGAUCAGUCUCAGAGUUGCUCUUGAACUCAAAGUUUGAUGUUAACUAUGCAUUUGGACGAGUGAAGAGAAGCCUCCUGCAUAUAGCUGCCAACUGUGGGUCAGUGGAAUGUUUGGUCCUCUUACUGAAGCGAGGAGCAAACCCAAACUACCAGGACAUCUCUGGAUGUACUCCACUCCAUCUGGCAGCAAGAAAUGGGCAGAAGAAGUGCAUGGGUAGACUGUUGGAGUACAAUGCAGAUGUUAACAUCUGCAACAAUGAAGGCCUAACUGCUAUUCACUGGCUGGCUGUUAACGGGAGGACGGAACUACUUCAUGACUUGUUGCAGCAUGUAUCCAAUGUGGAUGUGGAGGAUGCCAUGGGUCAGACAGCCCUACAUGUGGCCUGCCAGAAUGGACACAAGACUACGGUGCUAUGCCUUCUGGACAGUGGAGCAGACAUUAAUAGGCCAAAUGUCUCUGGAGCAACCCCUCUCUACUUUGCUUGCAGCCAUGGCCAGAGGGACACCGCUCAAAUUCUGCUCCACAGGGGUGCUAAGUACUUGCCGGACAAGAAUGGAGUCACCCCACUUGACCUUUGUGUGCAGGGUGGUUAUGGUGAAACAUGUGAGAUUCUUAUGCAGUAUAAUGGAAGGCUGUUUCAGGCACUCAUUCAGAUGACACAAAAUGAUGACAUAAAAGAGAACAUGCUCAGGCAGGUUCUUGAGUAUGUAUCUCAACAGAAUGACUCCAAUUAUCAAAGGACCCUUACCAGCCUGGCUGAGGUGGCCACUACCAAUGGACAUAAGUUGCUAAGUUUGUCUAGUAGUUAUGAGGCCCAGAUGAAGAGUCUGCUCAGAAUAGUGCGGCUCUUCUGCCAUGUAUUCCGCCUGGGUCCGACCUCUCCUAACACUGGCAUAGACAUGGGAUACAAUGGGAACAAAACUCCACGCAGUCAGGUCUUUAAGCCUCUGGAGCUGCUGUGGCACUCUUUGGACGAAUGGCUGGUGCUCAUCUCCACAGAGUUGGAUAGGAAAUGUGGAGACACUGCCUCUUCUUCUCCAGGAAGUGACAUCGCCUCACUUCUUUUAAAGCAGCGGGAGGUUGGUUCUUCCAUUGCUGAGGAGACCCCUGACCUUUUAUCCUCAUCACUGGAUCCUGAGGUGGUGAUGAAGGUGCCCAAUGCUUAUGUAGAUGGUCAGGAUGUAAUCUCCAUGACUGCCAACCGGUUGAGUGCAGUAAUUCAGGCGUUCUAUAUGUGUUGCUCCUGCCAGAUGCCACAGGGCAUGACAUCUCCUCGAUUCAUUGAGUUUGUUUGCAAGCAUGAUGAAGUACUUAAGUGUUUUGUAACCAGGAACCCAAAGAUAAUCUUUAACCACUUCCAUUUCCUGUUGGAAUGUCCAGAGCUCAUGUCUCGCUUCAUGCACAUAAUCAAAGGCCAGCCGUUUAAGGACAGGUGUGAAUGGUUUUAUGAGCAUCUCCUUGCUGGACAGCCUGACUCGGAUAUGGUCCAUCGGCCUGUUAAUGAGAAUGACAUUUUACUGAUUCACAGAGAGUCCAUAUUCCGCAGCAGCUGCGAGGUCGUGUCCAAGUUCACCAACGAGAAGCUCAAGCAGGGCAUUGCAGUACGAUUUCAUGGUGAAGAGGGAAUGGGUCAGGGGGUGGUGAGAGAGUGGUUUGACAUUCUCUCUAAUGAGAUCAUCAAUCCAGACUACGCACUGUUCACACAAUCGGCAGAUGGUACUACAUUUCAACCCAACAGUAACUCUUCAGUCAACCCAGACCAUCUGAACUACUUCCGGUUUGCAGGUCAAAUCCUCGGCUUGGCCCUGUAUCAUCGCCAGCUGGUGAAUAUAUAUUUCACCCGCUCCUUCUAUAAACACAUACUGGGUAUCCCAGUGAAUUAUCAGGAUGUGUCUUCCAUUGAUCCAGAAUAUGCCAAAAAUCUGCAGUGGAUUCUGGAUAAUGACAUCAGUGACCUAGGUUUGGAGCUCACUUUUUCUGUGGAAACGGAUGUGUUUGGAGCCAUGGAAGAGGUUCCACUCAAACCAGGAGGAAGCAGUAUUCAGGUCACCCAAGAUAACAAGGCUGAAUAUGUGCAGCUAGUGACAGAGUUGAGAAUGACUCGAGCCAUUCAGCCUCAAAUCAAUGCUUUCCUGCAGGGCUUCCACACCUUCAUUCCACCUUCACUCAUUCAACUCUUUGACGAGUAUGAACUGGAGCUGCUGCUUUCUGGCAUGCCAGAGAUUGAUGUGAUGGACUGGAAGAGAAACACAGAGUAUACAAGUGGCUAUGACCUCGAGGAGCCAGUCAUUCAGUGGUUUUGGGAAGUAGUGGAGGGUCUCACUCAGGAGGAGCGGGUUCUCUUGUUACAGUUUGUCACUGGGAGUUCUCGUGUUCCACAUGGUGGAUUUGCAUUUCUUAUGGGUGGCAGUGGCUUACAGAAAUUCACCAUUGCUGCUGUGCCCUACACCUCCAACCUAUUGCCUACCUCUAGUACAUGUAUCAACAUGCUGAAACUCCCAGAAUACCCCAGCAAGGACAUCCUUUGUGACCGGCUGCUGGUAGCACUGCAUUGUGGAAGCUAUGGUUACACCAUGGCAUGAUGCUUACCCUGCUGUUUUUGGCUGGGUGCUUACUAUAUAGACACACUUGCUCAAGGGUUUGUGUCCUUCACUUCAGGGAUAUCCUCUGCACUCUCCUUUGGUAUUUCUAAGCAUUUGCUUGAUUUCAUUGGGUUUUUAAAUACUUUAAUCUUAAGGCAAGGGAAAAAUGAGUGAGGGAAAUAUACCAAUAUGUAAUGCUGAAAAUGUGGCAUGUUGGUUUGCCAAUCUGUGCCGUCAGUGUUGCGUGUCAAAGGUUACUGGAUAAGCAAAAGUCUAUACCAGAGAGUAUGUGUGUUGACAGAGGGCAGAUGAGUUUACAGAUUAAAGGAAAAAUAACAUAAAGUGUCAAAGUAAGGUGUUUAGCCACAAUGAGCUCCCAGAAUAGCUUAAUUGUUCCUUGGCAUAUAUUCUGCUAAAACCUCUAAACUCUAUGGGAGGGAUGAUGAGGUCAUUCUUCCAAAAAAUAAUUUGUGUUUUGAUGAUCUUGGUGCAGAAUGCUUUUCAACAAUUUGGUUCACAAUCUUCCAAAUAUGUAUACGUAAUAUGUAAUACGGAGGCUGUAACACAUGAUUUUAUACUCCUUAAACCAUUAAGCGAGUUCUUGUGCCCUCCAGUCCUUGGAUGAGAACAUGUCACCCUGGAAAAGAGUACUCCCAGCAGAAUAGAAAUGUUACAUCAUUGUGAUCGGUUAGAAUAACUGUAUACAUUUGCAGUCACCAUUUCAAGUCACAGAGGGACAAGUGAACCCAAGUAAUGCCAGCACAAUGCUUACAUAGCAUAACAGCUUCUAUGUUUUCAUUUGAUUUGGUAUUCCUAUAUAACUGAUAAAAAUGUAAACCAUGUCUGUAUUUAUCUGUGCUCAUGUAUUAGAAUAGAAAAGGAAAAGGGAACUACAAAGUGUUGUUAGAAGCAAAACCAUUUUGCAUCACUUAACAAGGACUUCCAAACUUUGACAUGUAAGGCCUGCCCUCUUGAGGCAUUACGAUGCUGGUUUGUUUUUCAGUCAUCAUUAAAAGUCUUUUUUUCAAUGACCAUAUGAUAUUGAGAAUGUAAAUUGGAUUAGUGGUGCCAAAUAUUUGUAAGAUUAUGUAACUUAAAGCUAAAUAUUAAAGAUAGAAUGUUUGUGUAUUCAAGCUAUGAGUGCUUCAAAAAAGGGGUGUAAUUUUAUUUGAUGAAUGCCAACUGAAGGAAUCAAUAGGAAAAAGGAACAUGUAUGUUUGUAUUUCUUAUAAAUUAUCACUUUCAUUUAAUUGUAUAUUUUCUUUUUCCAUUUGGGAAAUAAUUGAUUAUUGUAUACACAAACCUGUAGGACCUUUUGCAACAAUCAUUGAAAUAUUGAACUAUGUAUUUUACUAUAUUCAGAGUUUUAUUUAACUGUGUGUAUAUACGCAUGCAUGUAUUUUCUCAAGAAAUAUAUGGGUGUAAUUGGA